AGAGCAAGCGUAGGCGCUAAGAGUAAGUAUAAGGAUGCUCGUUGUUUGCGGCGAGCAUGUUUUAAUCAUCGAUUCACGAUAACGAACAGAUAUGGAGAGCAAGUUGCUCUAUUUAGCACCUUUGGUGCUUUUUGCAUUCUUCCAGCCCCAAGUCGAGGCUCAAAGGUAUUAUAACUACUACUCGCCUCGGGGCUACUAUGGUCGUAAUCUGUACGAGCACGGACGUUCGAUAUCCGACGAGGUGGUGAAAUGCGGGCCGCAUACAUGCGGUGUUGGUGCCCACUGUACUCACGGCAGCGUGCGGCCCGUGUGCGCCUGCCUCGCUGGACACUCCGGAGAUCCUCUGUCACAGUGUAUCAAGAUAGAAUGUGUCAGCAACGACGAGUGUCGCGGCCACCAAUCCUGUGUAAACCAACACUGCGUGAAUCCGUGUGAGGGCGCAUGCGGAGUUAACGCUAAUUGUGACGUACGUCAACACGUGCCCGUGUGCUCCUGCCCCGCUGGGUACACUGGUAACCCAUUCACAGCCUGUAGGGUUGCUGACCCGGAGGAAGCAUGCCAUCCGUCUCCAUGCGGUAUCAACACUAAAUGUCACGUGGCCAACAACCAGGCAAUUUGUACCUGUCUACCGGGAUACAGAGGCAGUCCAUUGUCCGGCUGCAGACAUGAGUGUGAGUCUGACAGUGACUGCGGAGUGCAGCAAUCCUGCCGCGACUUCAAAUGCACCAGCCCCUGCAGCGACUGCGGAGUCAAUGCAGACUGUGAGACUGUCGCCGCGCACCGCGCCGUCUGCAAGUGUCCACGAGGUUACUUCGGGGAUCCCUACCGCAUCUGUACGGCGGAGUGCGAGUCUGACAGCCAAUGCCCGAGCUACAAGCCGGCGUGCGUGUACAACGCGUGCGUCAACCCCUGCACCAACGCGUGCGGCGUCAACGCCGACUGCAACCUGCGCGGACUGACACCCGUCUGCUCCUGCCCCAGGAACAUGACAGGGGAUCCCUUCACCUUCUGUAGACCUUUUGAAGCACGUGACCUCUGCGAGCCUAACCCUUGCGGUGCCAACGCGAAGUGCACUCCGGGCCACGACCGCACGGGCGCGGAGCGGCCAGUCUGCACCUGCCCCACCGGCUACAUCGGGAACGCUCUAGUCUCCUGCGAACGGGGUGAAUGUGAGCUAGACUCUCAGUGCGCGGAGCACUUAGCGUGCGUGGGCUACCAGUGCGUGGACCCCUGUCUCGGCAACACGCAGUGCGGCUCCGGCGCCGUCUGCGUCGGCCGGCGACACAUCGCCGUCUGCACCUGCCCUAAUGGUCAUCGUGGUGACGCUCUCGUCAACUGCUACGAGUCAAACUCGGUGGCGGCCUCAACUCGUUACUACAGAUACAAACGCAACGGCAACUUCACUGAGCCCGAAGCGCCGACCGUCACCGCGACUGAAGUGGUAGUGGAAGCCUCCCCUAAACCUAGCGCCAAACUAGAAACCAAAAAGGUGGAAACCGAAAAGAAGGCGUAAAGUGUACACUGCCAUAAACACAAAAAUAACUUAUGAACGAAUAAAUUUAUAACAUUUGCAUCUC